AUGAACUCACAAACUGACCUGCGGCAUGCUACGGCCCACACUAUCUCCCCCAUCAAGAAAUCAUGUACAUCCAUCACAAACAUUCAUCCAACAACCACAAAUGAAGUCUUGCUACUUGCAGCUCUCCACGAGGCAGAGGCAGCCAAUGCUGCACUGAAAAAAUGCGUUAUCGCACUCCAGGCAUCCAAUAUAUUGAAUGAGAUGUACUGUGCUAAAAUUCGCAGUCAGCUUGCUCAUCAGGAGUCAAAAAAGCAGGCAGGAAAUAAUGGUGGAAAGAUUCUUGGGGAUGGCUUCCAUGCUUGUUGUCAGUUCGAGGAGGCUCAAACAAGAGCUGCAGCUGAGAAGAGGACGAGGACCGAAGAGUGGAAGAGACAUGUUGAAGCAUUGGCAGAUUGGAAAAAGCUUGAGGAUGCGAGGAAGGCAGAGAAUAAGGCACAGCGAGAACACUAUCAUGAAGCAUUAAAGAUAUGGGAGUCAGAGAAGGCUCGUGCAAAAGAAGAGAAGCGGAAACUCACAGAGAAGAAGCCCACUUUGGGCAAGCUCAUUGCAGCCAUACCACUGACCAAAGGCUCAUGUGCCAGCGACAAAUAUUAA